AUGUCAAUUUCAAAAUUCAAUGAAGAGAAUUUUCUCUCUUGUAUCAUCCAAGUUGCCAUAAUCAAGUUCAUCCGCUCCAAAUGCUCCUCAGAUGGAUGCAUUCAUCAAGGUGGAGGAGAACCAUUUUCAAGUAUAAGGUUCAAGAGAAGUCACAAAAAGAAAAGAUCAGAUACGCAUGUUGGUGAGUUGAACAGUGAUCAUAACCAGGCAAAGAAGAAGUGUGAAGAUCUAAUGCGACAAGAACAGUCAAUUAAAGUUGCAUUUGCUUCAAUUGAUGUGGUGAGACUCCUUUUGAAUCAAGGAUUGACAUUUCGUGGACAUCAUGAAGAUGAAUCAUCAUUACACAAGGAUAUUAUCACUUCAUGUAAGCUUGAAACAAUUAAAGCUAUUACGGAGGAUCUAAAUGGAGACUAUUUCUCAUUGCUAGUUGAUGAAUCUUGUGAUGUGUCACGUAAAGAGCAAAUGUCAAUUGUUUUGCGAUAUGUUGAUAGAUGGAGAUUUGUGGUGGAACGGUUUAUUGGGAUCGUUCAUGUUCGUGAUACUAGUGCUUUAUGUUUAAAAGAAGCAAUUGUUAACUACCUUGCUCAACAUUCUUUGAGUUUAUCUCAUACACGUGGACAAUGCUAUGAUGGAGCAAGCAAUAUGCAAGGGCAUCUAAGUGGCCUUAAACUUUGA